AUGUCCAGCGCCGUCGCCCAGAAUGACCCGUCCGUCCUCCGGCCGCGCGCUAUUCCCAUCCAGCCCGACACAAAGGCUGAUGUGAGUCUCACGCCUCCCAUGCUGGACAGGCUGAGCUCAGAUACAAGGUAUGUCCCUCACACAUUACCCAAAUCUACUGCCCUUGAGUCUCCAACAAUGCCUUCUAACAUCUCAUCCCUCAAACGCAGCGGCCGCUCAACACCCAUCCCUGAAGAUGCGCCCCCCUCGGCGCAAUCGAUUGCGGUAGCCCGCAAGCAAGUACGCGCGCGGAAUCGCCUCUUUUAUACCAUUGACUAUGUCCCUCGAGUGUCCCAUUUCGAUCCCGACAGCGACUACCACAAUUUCCGGGGCUUCUUCACGUUGUUUUGGAUCAGCUUGGUGAUUAUGGUGGUUACGACUGUACUACGCAACAUCAAGGAUACUGGAUACCCGUUGCGGGUGCGAGUUUGGAGCUUGUUAUCAGCCAAUGUGUGGGAACUGGGUCUGAGUGAUCUAGCCAUGGUGGCCAGCUCGGCACUUGUCCUGCCCAUGCAUAAGCUCUACCGCGGCGGGCCGAGGUGGCUGCGGUGGGCACGUGGAGGCAUGGUCCUUCAAAGUGUCGGAGAGGCCCUUUGGCUGGCUGUUUGGAUUAACUGGCCGUUUAUGCGCCUGUGGACUUGGACAGCCCAGGUGUUUUUCACCCUCCACCUCUUGACGAUCCUUAUGAAACUACACUCGUAUGCCUUUUAUAAUGGCCAUCUUAGUGAGACUGAGCGACGCCUUGCCGCUCUUGACAAGCCCGGCCCCAUUGAACCGACCUCUCCUGCUGCAAUUCGGUACCCGGAGCCAUACCGCCGCCGCCCGUCAAUGAAGCCCCAGCAUGAUGAGGACGACUCGACCGAGCCCCUAGUUCGUCUACGGGAAGAUCUGGCAACAGAGUUGACCUCCCCUCUAGGAAACAUCUCCUACCCUCAGAACCUGAGCCUUGGAAACUACGCAGACUUCGUCUGUUGCCCGACUCUAUGCUAUGAACUGGAGUACCCCCGUCGACCUAACCGUCGAUGGGACGAGAUUGCAUGGAAAACCCUUGCCGUCUUUGGCUGUAUCUUUUUGCUCACACUCACGAGCGAGGAAUUCAUCGUACCCGUCCUCAGCGAGGCACACGGUCAACUAGAGGCUCUCGACAGCGUGGCCGACAAGGCACUCGUCUUAGCCGAGACAAUCAGCAUGCUACUGUUCCCCUUCAUGGUGACAUUCCUACUAGUAUUCCUGGUAAUCUUCGAAUAUGUGUUGGGCGCAUUCGCAGAACUAACCCGGUUCGCCGAUCGACACUUCUACUCUGACUGGUGGAACUCAUGCGACUGGCUCGAGUUCUCGCGAGAAUGGAACGUCCCCGUUCACCACUUCCUCUUCCGCCAUGUCUACUUCCCAUCCCGCUCGCAGUUUUCCCAACCGGUGGCCAUGUUCAUCACAUUCCUGGUUAGCUCGAUUUUCCACGAAGUAGUCAUGAGCUGUAUCACCAAGAAACUGCGCGGCUAUGGCUUUGGAGCUAUGAUGCUCCAGCUACCCAUCGUCGCAGUCCAGAAGUCACGGUUUUUCAAGGGUCGGAAGACCCUCAACAAUGUUUUCUUUUGGUUUUCGAUGAUUCUGGGUCUCUCCAUGAUGUGUGUCUUUUAUGUACUCGUCUGA